AUGUGUUCCAGCGGGAGAUCUCCAUCUGUAGCCUUUGACCGCACACCCAUUCAGGUGGGUGGAACUGUCUCCUGUGUCCCAGUUGUGGUGGAGAGCGAAUGCUCUAUUCUAGCCAGCGACCCUCGGUCACCCACAGUCGGCGUCACCCGCACCCCAAUGAAGGACUCAAUGAGAGUGACAGUUGGCUCCUUCGCCCGUCGCCUCGGCAUGCUCCUCCACGGCGACUCUGUAGAAAUAGUUGCCCCUACACCCUUUAACACGUUUCCCAACCUCAAGGUGGAGGAGGCGGCAGUGGUGGAGGGAGAGUUAGGCUCCAAGCCCCUUUGUUCUCGUGGGGAGGCCCAGAUAGAAGUCGAGGCCGAUUUCACUCUGGAGGAAGCCGAAGAGGCCAAGGAGUCUUCACUACACAAGCGCCUGAGUAUGAGCUUGAUCACCUGCCACGACAGCAUCGCCCCAUCCCAGACCUUGGCCGAGGUGCACUACGAAAGCCCUGAGUCUCCUCUCCCUGACAACGCUGCUGCUGAACUCCACAAGGACGAACGUGACCACGCGUAUGCCCUUCCCUCAAUCACCUCUGACCCCGCACAAGCUCUGACCCCAAUGGCUGAACCACCCAUCCCCACCGUUACCGAGUUAACUGAAGUCACUGUUGCUACGGAGAUGCCCAAAGCGGAGGAGAAAGUGGAGGUCCCAACACCAGUGGAGGAGCCACCCCAGUGUGAGCCAGCAGCAGCCCCAAACCACUGGGGGAUGGUACCACUGGGGGAUGGGAUCCGCUGCCCCACCUUCAACACCAAGAGCCCCAGUCAAAUGGUGUUCAAGCCCCAGUGGCUAGGGAAGGGCUUCGGGGCCACAGGGGUGAGGGCCAGAGGGAGAGGAGGCAAGGGGGGCUCGUCCUUUUCACCACACUCCGUCCAGGUUGGAAACAAGAACACAGCCAAUGAGAACAAGGGGCAGUCGGUCAAACAGAAACAGAGCGACAAGGCACUCGUGGCUGAAGGCCGCUCCCCUCUGCAGAUGCUCAAGGACACCAACUCCCCCCGGGAGCAAGCUACACAGAUGAAGCUGAAGGUGUCCACCCCAGACAGACAGAGGCUGGGCCAGAUGGACCGGAGAGUCCUGACUGUGUCCCUGGACAAGGAGAACCGAUAG